AUGGUGAUGGUGGUGGAGGUGCUAAUGGUGGUGGUGGUAAUGAUGAUGGUAGAGACAGUGGUGAUAGUAGUAGAGGUAGUAGUAAUGGUAGUGGUGGUGGUGCUGGCGCUAGUGCUGGUGGUGGAAGUAGAGGUAGUCGUGGAGGUAGUGGCUGUUGUGAUGGUGGUGGUGAUAAUGAUGGUGGUGAAGAUGGUAGUGAUGACGCACCUGACGGGCACUGAGAGCUGCCUGGGGGGCAAAGAGUCCAAGGCCCUGUGUCGAAACAAGCUGCCCUCCCUGCCAGGAGACAGGACCCUCAUCUGCUCAGCGUGCUGCCCAGAUGCCCAGUCCCCGGCAGCCUCCCAGGGCUGGGGAGGGACGUGGGCCGCGGCGUGGGAAAUGACAGGUUCUGAGGACCGUAAGGCCCAGCCCCCAGACAGUCCAGCUUUCUGGGCCAGAAAUGUAACUGAGAGCGGCCUUGAGGCCUGGGGAGGGCCAGUGGGGGCUGACCUGGGCUCUGGGCACCCCCACCGCAUCAAUCCGUUUCAGACACUCUGUGGACCCCCAAGGCUGGCCUGGGCUCUGGGCGCCCCACCCCUCCAGCAGUCCCUUUUGGCCACCCUGAGGACCCCCACGGCAGGGGGCGUCUCCCUCGUUUUGGCUGGCCCUGAUUACCAACGUCGCCAGCCACAGUCCAGGGAUCACAGUUUGUUAACGCUGCCAUACGGGAAUGUGUGCACACACGUCCACACUCGGUGUGCUCACACACGCGUACAUGUACACAAACACAUGUGCACACACGUCAACAGUCGGUGCAUUCACACACAUGUACAUGUGCACAAACACGUGUGCACACACGUCCGCACUCGGUGCGUUCACACACGCGUACAUGUACACAAACACGUGUGCACACACAUUCACACUCCGUGUAUUCACACACAUGUACAUGUACACAAACAUGUGUGCACACACGUUCACACACAUGUACAUGUGCACGCACACACGUACAUGUGCACAAACACGUGUCUACACAAACAUGUGUGCACACACGUUCACACACAUGUACAUGUGCACGCACACACGUUCAUGCACCAUUCACAUGCCUACAUGUGCACACGUACACAAACGCAUGUGUACACCCUCCCGUGUGCACACGUACACACGUGUACACAGGCACAGGCACGCAUGCACAGCCCCAUGUGUUCAGCUGUGCAGGGUGGGGAGCUGCUGGCCUGGACACCUCACCCCACCACCCACGGCAGCUCCACGAGCUGUGGUUCCGGCACAUUCCGCACCUUCCCGCUGGGGCUGAACCAAGCACAAACACACGAGUCCCUGCGUGCCCAGACCAUCUGGUUAUCGGGCAGCCAAAUUCCAAAUUCCCAGAUCCGAAGCCACCAAGAGGCCCCAGGGCACACGGUGAACAAGCGCACGCAGCUGGACACCUUGUCCUCAUCCCACCAGAAACAAGAGAAGAAGCAGCAGGGGAGCACCUUUCCCACCUGGGGGCUACAGGAGCCAGCACCUCCCUCAGCUCCCAAGCUUCGUUCCCACACCCAGAUGCAGGAACUGCAGGUGGAAACGGAGCCGGGUGUGAAAAGCCCUCCGGCUGGGCUCUCUUCAGACCCUGUCAGGUGGCUCCUUGGCAGCCUGGACCAGCUGGAUAACGAGCCUGUCUGUCGGAGUCACGUGCACAGGGAACUCUCGCCCGAGGCUCAGAGGGUCCCAGCACUUGGGAAGGUGGGGCGCAAACGGGACAGACGGAAACCACUCCCAGAUGGCCAAUGGAGCGGGAGCUCGGGGCUGAGGACCACGAGAACCUUCCCCGGAGAUAGCGAGCCUCCCGGAGCCUGCCCGGACCCUGUCCUGGUGUUGAACACUUGGGAGACUAAAGCUCAGCACAGUGUGGAGUCCACACAGGCCCUGGCUGGGGGGACGACUGAUGGACCCGCUGCCAACCGAACGCUGGAGACAAGUCCACCUCCAGACACCCCAGAAGAAAGACGGGCUACCCGCUCCUGA